GGUGUCAUUAUAAAAUGCAAAGCUGUCUGAGUUGGGAACGUGUGCCAGUCUUUAAUUAUCUGUGGUCAUGGGGAGAUGUUUGCUUCUCUGUGCAGUCACUUUGCUGUUGACAGGGGCUUUGCAAGUUGUUUCAGUUGUAAGCAGUCAUUUGAAGUGCAACCAAGUCUCUAAACCGUGCAAGGACAACUCACAGUGUGUUCGCUACACAAAUGUGUGCAAUGGAGAGAAAGACUGCAAGGAUGGUUCAGAUGAAGUGGACUGCCCAACCGAUUGUAAAAAUGAUCAGUUCCAGUGUGCCAAUGGGAUGAAGUGUAUUGAGAAGGAGCAUGUUUGUGAUGGUAUACCACAGUGUCAAGACCGUUCUGAUGAACAGCAGUGUAUGAAUCACACAGAGAAGUGCAUUCACCACUGUGACAGCCACAGUCGUUGCCUGCCUGCAUAUUUCUUGUGUGAUGGAGUGAAGAACUGUUUGGAUGGCACAGACGAGGCCAACUGUGAGGACUCUGCAAAAGAUGGGAAUCAGAAAGGAGAAAGUGCCUCUACAGCCCCCCCUGCCAUCAAAUGUUCUCUGGGGGCCAGAUCCUGUAAGGACAAUUCCGAGUGUGUACUCUACAACCACGUGUGUGACGGAGAAGCAGACUGCAAGGAUGGAUCAGAUGAGGAGGAAUGUGAAACGGCAUGUAAUGCAGACCAGUUCCUGUGUGCCCAUGGGAAAAAAUGUAUUGAUAAGAGCUACGUGUGCGAUGGCGUCCCUCAGUGUCAGGAUCGCUCCGACGAAGCAAACUGUACCAAGUACACUGAGGGCUGUGCUCACCAGUGUGACAACAAAAGCCGAUGCAUUCCCAGCAGCUUCCUGUGUGACGGAGAGAAAGACUGUGGGGAUGGCAGUGAUGAAGCAAAUUGCGGUGGCGUAGGCUGCAGUUCCACAGAGUUUAGAUGCACCAGUGGUCAGUGUGUGUUGGCCACCAUGCACUGCGACGGUCACCCAGACUGUUGGGACUACUCUGAUGAGGACAGCUGUGCUGAAGCGCGGGUUUGCCCCACCAAACAACGCUGCCUGCACAGCAAGGAGUGCUUGGUGCAGGAGUGGAUCUGUGAUGGAGAGAAGGACUGUAAGGAUGGCACAGAUGAGAAGGAUUGUCCUGCGACUCCUCUGAGCUGUGGGAACUUUCAGUGGUCAUGUGACUUAAAGACCCAGUGUGUUCCUCUGUCCUGGAGGUGUGAUGGCACCAAGGACUGUGAGGAUGGUCGCGAUGAGACCGACUGUGGUCCGGAGACAUGCCUACCUCACCACUUUCAGUNNUGCCUGGAUCCAUCCCUUGUUUGCAAUGGCAUCAGAAACUGUGUAGAUGGCUCAGAUGAAAAAGGCAGUUGCCAGAUCCGGUGCUCAGAGGCUGAUAAGCUGCGGUGUUCCCAAGGCUGCUACAGUACACCGCAAGGAACGCGUUGUCACUGUAGGACAGGAUACAGGCUGCUGGAGGACGGACAGACUUGUGCUGACAUUGACGAGUGUGAAUAUCGAAUCCUGAAUUUGUGUGGUCAACUGUGCAUCAACACUAUUGGCUCUUACAAAUGUGACUGUCAUCCAGGCUUCAUAAUAGAUGGUGAUGGACACCACUGCGAAGCCCAAGGGGAGCCCUUCCUGCUGGUGUCAGUUCAGACUGAUCUGCUCAUAUUUGGACUGCAAAACCGCAGCUUGAACAUGUUGCCCUCCUCUGCCAAGAAGGCCAUCCUUUCCCUGGACUAUGACUGGAAGGAGAAGAGAGUCUACUGGGUCGGUCUGGACUCUCGGGGCAUCAGGUGGUCCUCACUAGAUGGAAAGACUACAGGAACACUGAUUACAGGAGUUAGGGCUGAUUCUGUAGCUGUGGACUGGCUGGGCAGGAACAUGUACUGGAUCGAUGGGGUGAACAGUCAGAUUAUCGCCAUUAGACUCACCACAGGUCCGGCACAAUCACAAGACCACAGUGUAAUCCUGGAUGAAGAUCUGGAUCAGCCCCGCUGUCUGGCUCUGCUGCCCCAAAGAGGAUUGAUGUUUUGGACAGAUAUCGGUAAUAUGGUGAAGAUAGAGCGGGCUGGGAUGGACGGCUCAGAGAGAAGAGCUGUGGUGAACUCCAGUCUAGGCUGGCCUGGUGGUGUGGCUGUGGACACUAUCUCUGACAGACUCUUCUGGACUGACGAAAGACUUGGGACCAUUGGCUCUGCCAGUUUGGAUGGAGAUAACAUCCAGAUUCUGCAGCUGAAGGAAACGACAAACCCCUUCUCACUGGCAGUGUUUAAUGACAUUCUCUACUGGUCUGAUGCCAAAAAGAGAGUAGUGCAGGGAGCCCAGAAGCACUCGGGAAAGAAACGCCAAGUUCUGCUGAAGAGAUCCAGACAAGCGUUUGGUGUAAAGAUUGUCCACCCAUGGUUCCAGACUGGUCCUGAAAGCCCCUGUGAGAAGAUCUACUGUUCCCACAUUUGUGUGCUGGCUCCCGGCCCAAGAGCUGUGUGCAAGUGUCCAUCUGGACUCCUCCUGGCUGAAGAUGGCCUGAACUGUUCCAUCCCGGCCAAUACAGCAUUGCUGCUGAUGUUGUCUCAGUCUACAGUCACACAGAUUUACUUGCAGUCCAGACACAAAGCUACAGAGCUGAAAGGCUGGCCGGAACAUGUGGCCUUUCAGUUGACCAGUGUCAAUGAAGUGGCCAUUGUGGACUACAGUAUACGUGAUGAAACCCUGUUUUUAACGGACAGCGUCACAAAUUCCCUCUAUGCCUUCAAAGUGAAGGAUUCAAGCUUGGUGUCCCGUGGUGAGAUCUUCAAACUCCUGGAAAACACCAUCACAGCCAUAGCCAUAGACUGGGUGACCCUCAACAUCUACUGGAGCAGCAGUAAACAACCUCGCCUGCACGUGACCUCUGUCAGGGGUGCCCACACGGCUGUUGUGCUAAAAGAGGGAAUCAAGACAGUGGGCUCCAUCGCUCUCCAUCCUCCCCGUGGCAGAGUUUGCUUCACCAACUUGGGCUUUAAGGGUACGGGUUCUGUAGCUCUGGUGGAGUGUGCUGACAUGGACGGUACUGGGCGCAGAGUGGUGUGGAAAGAUGCGGUCCAGCCCUCCUCUGUGGUCUUCUCUGCUAAUGGAGAUGCAAUUUACUGGACUGAUUCUGCUUUAGGGAUCAUUGGAAGUGCGCUGUUUGAUGGAUCACAGUACAGAGAGUUAAAGGUGGGCAGAGGCCUGGUAGCUGUGGCUCUAAGUGAUGAAACCCUGCUGUGGAUGAUGGUCAAAGACAAAACCAAACUGUGGUACAGAGACAGGCAGCAGCAGAACAGGCUGUGGUUUGAAGUUGGCACACAAGUGGUCAGCUUAAAGGCUUUCAGUGAGUCUAGUCAGUCGGGUUCCAAUCGGUGUGAAGAAAACAAUGGAAAUUGCCAGCAUAUAUGCCUGGCCACCUCAAGAGGUCGGAAGUGCAGGUGUGGUCAUGAUCACAUCCUGGUCAACACCACCCACUGCAGCCUGAAUCAGAGCUGCCCCACAGGGAAGAGGCCGUGUUUAGACCAGCUGUCCUGUCACCCUAAGGAGAAGUUCUGCGAUGGUCAUGUGGACUGCCCUGAUCACUCAGAUGAGAACUGUGUGAAUGUGGAACAGUGGCCAGGACUAGGGGCCUCCACUCCAUCAAACGUCACAGAGCUGAGGUCCACCGUUAAUGUCAGUGUCCAGUUUGUGAACAUAGAUGACCAGCAGUGCAGUCAAGAGCUCUGCAACAGCAACGGACACUGUGUUAAAGCAGACGAGGACGGAGCCACUAUCACGUGUGUGUGCUCACAGGGCUACAGUGGCGACUCCUGUGAAGAACCCUUCCUCCAGGCCAUGCCAGUUCCCAUCAUCUACACAGCUGCAGUGCUCUGUGUAGGAGCCGUCCUUAUUGCCGUGAUAGCAGCUGUGGUC